AAGCGUGGAAUGAAAUGCCGAAUGAACGAUAUGAUCAACGUCAGUACACGGUUGAGUGCCAAAGACACCAAGCUUGGAUUAAGUUGUUUCUUUGUUGGUAGAUUAAUGAUAUUUAUUUGAAACAGUAAAGCACAUCAUUUCGAGACGUCCAUGCUCCACUGUAAAAUAUAAUGUUUUGAUAAUUGAAUCAGAUUACAAAAAUAGCAGAAUUUGCAUAAUAAAUAACAUCCAACGAAAAGAUUGCUGCCCCGUUGGGUGUGUCGGUUAACGAGAAAUUUUCCAUAAACGGUUGCAUAAGUUAAAGAGCGGAAGAAGAAAGUACAGACUCCCAGUCCCAUACUAGGCGCUACGUCUAACGUGAUUGGCAAGUUUGUAGCAGAGCAAAGUGCAGAAGCACCGAACGUUAUUCACUAAAAAUAGCACAUUCGAGCGGUGAACGCAAACUAUGCGCCUGGAUAAACUGGUAGCUUGGUACCAGAAAAAGAUUGGCACAUACGAUAAACAGCAAUGGGAGAAAACAAUCGAACAGAAGAUCCUGGCUGGUAUCACUCAUCUGCCGCUAAAAAAUACAAAACUCAAAACCGAACUCAUCGAUGUGGAUCUAGUGCGCGGAUCGACCUUCCCCAAGGCCAAAUCGAAACUCUCCAUCCUGACUGUGAUAUAUUUAGCAGCCGUACGGCUUCUAUUCCUGCCUAUCUAUGCUCGCUGGUGGGUCCAACAAACCUCCCCAAGAGUGUUUUUUCUGCUACUCUCGCUGUAUCUGCUGCAAAUGAUUAACCUCGGAAUCUACAGCUACAAUGUGAAUAAAGCAGGUGCUGACCGAGAGGAACAUAUCGUGUCUAUUACCGAUUUCCUGAUUCCUCUUGCCCUCAGCCUAUUACUGAGUGUCAUUCACUCACAGAUAGUGGCCACGGCUUCAAACAGUAACGGUUUGUGUCGUGACAUGAAGAAAUGCCACUCACAUUCGACGAUGAAAAAACGAGAGCGCAUACGAAAACGACGUCGUGCUCGAGUGCAUCCUACGACAGGGAAUGAAACCACGACAUCAACCAGAUCGGCGCAGGAUGAUCGCGAAUUACAGAAACCAAAGAAUGCAUUCAAUGGGAAUUCAAAAUCACCCACGGGAUCACCGAUGAGAACCGCCAAAAAGCAGGGAGCCUGCAGCACGAGCAGCAGUACCAGCAGUGAGGCUCUGAGCAAACAGCAACUGGGAAAAGCGACUUGCGAUAUAGUGAAGGAAGGUCAAAAUUUAGGAAAUUUUUCGCCGAAAAAAAUGCGGAAUGGAAAUGUUAUGCUACGGAACGAAGAGACUGAUGCGAAUGAUUCGGUGUUUUUACUUAUGUCCAGUAAUACAAAUGAUGCAUCGAAUUCGCAAGAGGCAAUAAAUGUCACGUCGAAUGACUUGUCAGCGUCAAACCAACCGCAGGCUGGAUGUUCCCUGCGACGGCGCAACGUAAAUUGGGACCCACAGGAGGGCAAUGGUCAACGUAUAAACUCUAGAACAAGCAGUGAUACUAGCAACGGUCACGAAGUCGCGAUCGAUGACGACGGUUUUGAGAGCCUGAAUGGGAAAAGUUCCGGGGGAGAAGACAGUUCGAACGCAGGUGUGACCACCGAAGUCUACUAUAAGAAACGACCAUACACCAACACGUGGGUCAGUGGGGUACCACAGGUGGAUAAGGAAAAUAGAUCCGAUAGCGAUACCGAUACUCUACGAAAUACUCCAACCAGCCAGGAGCAGUUGGGAAGCGGUUCGUUGUCUGUGCCGACUCAGCCCAGCAAAUCCCAACGUCAACUGUCAUCCGAGUUUGGUAUAGAGCUACAGCGGAACGAACGAAGCAAAUCCCUACUGGACCAGCUAGAUCAGAAUGAUUCCAAGGGCAGUGGUGUCGACGAGAAGCUUGAGUCCAGCUGUGAUACCGAUGAGGAGAAUGAUUUCGAUCUGCAUCAUAACGAUUCUAGUCAUCACCAUCAUAUUCACCACCACCAUUUACACCACAGCCACCAUCUUCAUCAACAACAUCUCUCAGAAGGUACGAUCGGGAACACUGGUAGGAAUUUAGCCAACACCGAUAGUGACGAAUGUAGUUACAGCUCAGAUCUCAAUCAAUCGGAUGGGCAGAAUGAACACUCGGAUGACGAUUACGAUCUGGAGGAUGCUCCAACGAUUAUACUUAAUCCGCCAUGCGGUGCAAACGAUAGAGUCAGCUGCACCAUAUGGGAUGCGCGAGAAGUUAAAAAAGCCGAGAUGUCAGUACUGGAUAUUUCCUCCGCCAUUAUCGAACGCGUCGAAGCCAUGCCAGAAACGUGCGACUAUGUCUACAUCGGCGUUGUUCUGAGCCUUAUUCUUUCGCUAGUUCCUGCCUUCUGCAGACUGUGUGAGGCAACCGUCGAUUCAACCAACGCAACCGAGCUAAACUUUCUGGAAAUGCCAGUGCUUCUACUGGAAAAGGCCUCCUUCUCGUGCAUGGCAAUCCUUCGAUUUGCCUUCGGCGAGACCACAUGGGAAAAGACCGUUCUCAUUCUGGGGUUUGGUAUGCGGCUUUGCCUGACCUACCUAAUCUUUUUCCUGCUGGCAGUUGCUGAGCGUACAUUCAAGCAACGGUUUCUCUACGCUAAGCUAUUCUCACAUCUUACAUCCUCGCGACGCGCCCAAAAAUCAGGCAUUCCUCACUUUCGUCUGAACAAAGUUCGAAACAUCAAAACCUGGCUAUGCGUGCGGUCGUAUCUGAAGCGACGAGGACCACAGAACUCAGUGGAUGUUAUCGUGUCAGCUGCAUUUAUUAUUACACUGCUGUUAUUGGCGUUUUUGAGUGUUGAGUGGUUGAAGGACUCAGUGCACAUGCACUCACAAUUCAACUUGGAAGCCUUGAUGUGGUCUUGUGCCUUUGGAACUUUUUUGCUGCGAUUCAUGACGCUCGGUACUAAAAUCAAUAAGAAGUACAAAAGCGUUUCGGUGCUGAUUACGGAGCAGAUCAACCUUUACGUACAAAUUGAACAGAAACCGAACAAAAAAGAGGAACUCAUGAUAUCCAACAACGUACUCAAAUUGGCUGCAGAUCUGCUCAAGGAGUUGGAGUCCCCCUUCAAGAUAUCAGGUCUGAGCGCCAACCCGUACCUUUACACCACUGUGAAGGUUGUUAUCCUAUCGGCACUAUCAGGCGUUCUCAGCGAGAUGCUAGGCUUUAAACUAAAGCUUCACAAAAUUAAAAUUAAGUAAGAUUAUUUUUCAAACCGAUUAAAUUGGCUGUGCCUGUGUAAUCUUCAGGAAGCCGUACUCUGGACGGAUGGUACCCGUUCGUUAGUAGACUUAUAGGAUAGCCAACUUCCCCCAACUUCUAGAAAACGUUGUACCUAAGUUGUUAACAAACUAGUAUUUAGUCCUCAAGUAGAUUAGAACGAAGCCGUGAGGUUAAGUUAUAGAUGAACACGAAAAGCAUCUUAGUGGUUGAUUUUCCUCCAAUUGAUGUCCGUAUAAAGCGGUGUGAUUUCCUAGAUAGCAGCAACUGUUGUAGAAAAUGGUAUUUUGUGAUAGACUAUUUUUCCCUAUUAAGUGGAAUGCGAUUGUGAAAGUGAGCAGAGAGAAGUGAGGUGUGGGUUUUUUUAGUUUAAGACGAAGGUAAUGCUGAAAUAAAAGUAUUCUUUGUUGACGUAUGCAGAAA